GCAAUUCGUCCGUUUUGAGACGAUGAUAUGAACAAGCGGCCGCGCCCCAGUGUGAGUGCCUUUCUUUAAUCUUUGCUUUCCUGUCCGGUAAGGCUUCAUCUUGGAAUUUGUAGCAUAUUCACAUCCCGUCAUAAUCUCCGGAGCAAACGCUGCACUGCGUUUGAAAGAUAAUGGUAGAUGGUAUUUUUGCCUCGAUGCUGCUCCUUAUUUCUGUUUCCUACCGAAUUUUUCAUCCGCCACUACCAGGAUCCUUCAGUUCUGUUCAAAUUCUUGACCCACUCAAGAAAACAUCACCCCCUUCUUCUGCGGUCAUUUCACUCGGUCCAUCAAUUAGAAACUUCAGAAGCGCUUGUUUCAGCUCUGGUGAUCGCUGUGAACUCUUGCACUUCCGUCUCCAAUUGCAGGACAAUUCAUGCCCGAGUAAUCAAAUCUUUUCUUUAUAGAGAUGGGUUCAUUGGGGAUCAGCUGGCCGCUUGCUAUAAUAAUCUGGGUUGUGCAGAGGAUGCACAGAAGCUGUUUGAUGAUAUGCCUGAUAAGGAUUUGGUUUCUUGGAACUCACUGAUUUCGGGUUUUUCACGAGGAAAGUGUCUUGAUAUGACCCUAAAAGCAUUUUAUUUGUUGAAGUUUGAAAUGUCAAUUAAACCCAAUGAGAUCACGAUUCUAUCGAUGAUAUCAGCUUGUAAUGAAGCUUUAGAUGCAGGGAAGUAUAUUCAUGGCUUUGCAGUUAAAGUCGGCGUUUUUUUGGAAGUUAAGGUCGUUAAUUCUCUCAUUAACAUGUAUGGGAAGUAUGGGGAUUUACAAUCAGCUUGUAGAUUGUUUGAGGCUGUUCCAUACCCGAAUACGAUAUCAUGGAAUUCAAUAAUUGGAGCUCAAGUUACUAAUGGCUGUGCACAAAAGGGAAUUGACUGUUUUAAUAAGAUGAGAAGGCUUGGGAUUGAGCCGGAUGAAGGGACUAUCCUGGCAGUGCUUCAAGCUUGCGAGCAUUUGGGUAUAGGAAAAUUGGCAGAAGGCAUUCAUGGUUUAAUCUUCCGCAAUGGUCUAGGCACGAAAAUCAGCAUAGCAACUGCUCUUUUAGAUUUGUUCGCAAAAUUGGGGAGAUUAAGUGCUUCAUGUGAUGUUUUUUGGGAGAUGGGCUGUGCAGACAGAGUUGCAUGGACUGCUAUGCUUGCAGGAUAUGCAGCACAUGGAUUGGGAAGGGAAGCGAUCAAGCUUUUCGAGAGCAUGACCGAGAAUGGUUUGGUGCCUGAUCACGUAACUUUUACUCACUUGCUUAGCGCUUGUAGUCAUUCAGGGCUAGUCAGAGAGGGGAAAAGUUACUUCAAUAUGAUGUCUGAAGUCUAUGGAAUUGAGCCCAGGCUAGAUCAUUAUUCAUGUAUGGUCGAUCUACUCGGUCGUUGUGGACUUUUGAACGAUGCUUAUGAGGUGAUACAAAACAUGCCUAUGGAGCCUAAUGCUGGUGUGUGGGGUGCUCUUCUUGGUGCUUGUAGAGUUUAUGGUAACAUUGAACUUGGUAAGGAAGUUGCAGAGCAUUUGAUUAAUUUGGAACCUCUGGACUCCAGAAACUAUAUCAUGUUAUCAAAUAUGUAUUCUGCAUCUCGUUCUUGGAAGGAUGCUGCCAAAGUGAGGGCCUUGCUAAAGGAGAGAGGUCUGAGAAGAAACCCCGGAAGUAGCUCCAUUGAACAUGAAAACAAGAUCCACUGCUUCUUAGUCGGUGAUCAAUCUCACCCCAAGUCGGAGAAGAUCUAUUCCAAGCUCGAAGAAUUGCUCGAAAAAAUAAGGAAAGCUGGAUAUAGUCCAAGAACAGAGUAUGUUCUACAAGACGUUGAAGAGGAAGUUAAGGAGGAUAUGAUAAACAAGCACAGCGAGAAGUUGGCCAUUGCGUUUGGGCUGUUGGUGUGUAAAGAAGGAGCAGCUUUGAUCAUAACAAAAAAUCUUAGAAUUUGUGGAGAUUGUCAUAACACUGCAAAGCUCAUAUCAUUGAUCGAAAGGCGUACCAUUAUUAUCCGAGAUCCAAAACGCUUUCACCAUUUCUCAGAUGGAUUCUGUUCUUGUGGAGAUUACUGGUUGCAAAUCUGGAACAAUUGACCUUGCGCCUUCGCUUUCUCUGUAUCUGAAACUUUUUGAUCUAAAACGAGGGAACUCGAAAGAGAGAGAGUUGUCGGCGGCGACGGUUGGUAAGCCAGUGGCGGCUGCAGGGAAAGGGUAGGGAGAGAGAAGGAAAGAGAUAUGAAAAUGCCACAUCAACCCUAAAAUCAAUAUAUUUUAACACCUCAUUAAAAAAAUCCAUGUUAGCAGAGUCUAUUGAGAACCAUUUUUUAAAAGCUGAGGAUUAAAAUGUCAGCAUUUGAAAUCUAUGGA